AAAAGGCUGCACCGCCGCCCUGGAGGAGUUGGGGCAGCUCGGCCUGCCUGCUCCCUCCCUCUGUCCGGCCCCAGCCCAGCCCUCUGACCGGGCCCUCGAACCCAUGCCCGGGGUGGCAGGGGUCCGGAGCCGCUGACGCCUCCCGGGGAAGGGGUCCGGGCCCGCGAUGCCGCUGGGCCCCGCCAUGCGUCUGGACCUGGAGAAGCUGGCGCUGGAGUACAUCGUGCCCUGCCUGCACGACCUGGGCUUCUGCUACCUGGACAACUUUCUGGGCGAGGUGGUGGGGGACUGCGUGCUGGAGCGGGUGAAGCAGCUGCACGGCGGCGGCCAGCUGCAGGACGGUCGCCUCGCCGGGCCCCGCGCCGGGGUCUCCAAGCGCCACCUGCGAGGGGACCAGAUCGCCUGGCUCGGGGGCACCGAGGAGGGCUGCGAGGCCAUCAGCUUCCUCCUCUCCCUCCUGGACCGCCUGGUCCUCUGCUGCGGGAGCCGGCUGGGCAAGUACUACGUCAAGGAGCGGUCCAAGGCGAUGGUGGCUUGUUAUCCAGGGAAUGGAACCGGUUAUGUCAGACAUGUGGACAACCCCAAUGGUGACGGUCGCUGCAUCACCUGCAUCUACUACCUGAAUAAGAACUGGGAUUCCAAGCUGCAUGGCGGGGUCUUGCGGAUAUUUCCAGAAGGAAAGUCUUACAUAGCAGACGUGGAGCCCAUCUUUGAUAGACUACUCUUCUUCUGGUCAGAUCGCAGGAACCCACAUGAAGUGCAACCAUCCUAUGCAACCAGGUAUGCCAUGACUGUGUGGUACUUUGAUGCUGAAGAAAGAGCAGAAGCCAAAAAGAAGUUCAGGAAUUUAACAGGGAAGAAAGAAGCUACCCUUAAUGAAGACUGAUCACCGAUCUACCAACAUUUCCUCCGAUCCUGAAUUCUCCACAAGUGAUGUGAUCCAAAGAUGACCUCUCCAGUGGCUAAUUGGGAGAUGAAUGUUCUUCCCACCCACCAGAAUGCACUAUUUGCCAGUCUCUCUUGCCUGUGGUACUCGGAGCAGCCUCUCACCAGGCCUGCUUCCAACUUCAGAAACCGGACUUGAUUCUUUUUUUUUUUGCCUUACUUGGGUUUGCUAAAUCCAGAGUCAGGCCCAGCCCCUAGCUGGCUAACAGCUUAACUGCUGGCUUUGGGUAACAUCAGUCAUAAAGAUAAUGAGCAUUAGAAAGGAAUUAGGGGAGGGAUGGAUCUCGUUUGCACUUUAUAUAAGCUGCCUAGCUUGAAAGAAAGAAGCUUUGCAGAGACAAAUCGGGUAACAGGUGGCUCAUGCAGGCGACGCAAGGCAUUGGCAAGGAAGCUCCCAAGUCUUCUCAGAGCAGUUUUUGGAUUGACUUAAGGCCGGCCGUUGGCCUACUGUUCCAGAAAUGUAGCUUAGCUUCAUGUAUGGUUACCUUUGAGGGGACAGUUUUUUUCCUGGUUAUUGACUUGCCUGCUUCCAUAUGUGAAGGAUGCGUCAGAUAAUGGCUGUUUGGAAAGUCAGCCCCCUCCAAGCCCUAGAAUUGAAUGAAGACUCCAUGGAGAAGGGACCCCGACUCAUUCCCCAUACAUGUCUCCUCCCCUGGAGAGACUGAUUCUACCAAGACGAGCUGGUUCUGUUCCCCAUACAGCUGCACAUCCUGUCUGGAAUCCAAACUGAAAUGUACUAUCUGCCUGGCCGCCAUGGAAGCCAAGCCUGGAACUGGUCAGCCCGAGUCUCUGAUGGUGGCCACACCCCCUUGAUUGCAAACUUGCAUCUCUUUUGAAUUUUUUUUUUUUGAAGUGAGGAAAAAGGAAACACUACUAAGUGGGAUAUCCUCACUUUCAUUUCCUUUUUUUUUUUUUGAGCUCUCCCUCUCUUCACCUGAUACAUCGGGAAAAGCAUGGCAGGUUUAAGAGGAGGAGAAGCUGGCUUUUCAUUAAGAAAAUGUAAAUUUUAAAAAAAAUCCCAGAAGUUGGCAUCACUUAACGUCCUCUAUUCCGACUGCUUUUAUUCCCACAAUCGGCAUUUCUUCAACGAUCUGUUCCCUUGGCUCUGUCCCGUUGCAGUUGGCAGCAUUACAAGGGUUUCAUGUUCACUCGGCUGGAAUCGUGGAACCGUUCUACCACUGUAUUAUUAGACUCACUUUUCUUCCCGGUCUUCCGGGUUUCCUAUGCCACCCGUUUUAGCUGCCAAAGUUUUGAAGUUUUAGCUGCUUUGGAGUUCUCACCUGCAGUGCAUUGUGGGAAGGAGGCAGGAAACUUUGUGAACAUGCUUCAUUGCGUAGGGGCUUUGAUUUUUUUCCCCUCUGUGGAUCUUGAAAGCCCCAACACUGCCUUCCCCUCACAGACCCCAUGGAAAGCUGUCUUCUAUUAAUCUUUUUUUUUCUCUCAGCCUCCUCUUUUCCCUGGUGUAAGGUGGGAAGAAGCUUACUGGGAUUGAACACAUUUCAGAGCUCUCCACCAAUCAGUGCUAUCUGUGCUGGGUAGAAUUUUAGAAUCCUUCCGGCUGGUGUGGGCUGAUAACUUGCUUGAGGGACAGGUGGAGGGUCCCAGAGUCAUUGCGCUCAGGCUGGGCAGAGGGACAGCACAAAGCUGCAGCUCUCACCCGAAACCCUCACUUGUCUAAUUCUUCCCUCUCCAAUUCUGCCCUGAAAGGCAGGAACUAAACAAGGUGGCUGACUAGCAGUCAUAAAUUUCCCCCCACCCAAGCAGUUCUCCAGGGCUGUUAACUGACUGGUUACUGAUUUAUCAACUCGAAGAGUAGGACACCUGCAAAACUUUAACCAGCCUCUUCAGGACUUCCUGUAGAUGUCUGUGGUGGCCGUAGGGAGCAGUAGCUUGAAGCAUUUACAGUAGCAGCUAAGGUGACUUUUCCCCUUUUAUUAAAAAUGUUACUUGCUCAUGAUCUUUUUUUUUUUUGAGGGUGAGGCAGACCCUUUGGCAAACCCUUCUGCAGAUAGGUACCAUUUAAUAUGAUCGAAUAAUACUUAGUCUUGACUAAUUUGCAUGUCCAAAUUAACCCCCUGAAAAUCCAGCUGGCCUAGGGAGAAGAUGGAGCCAGGCCCCCAGUGAUUGCUCUUUGGUGUCUCCCAAACUCCAAGAGCUCUGUCUGUCGAGAGGAAGGGGCAGUUGCUUCCUGGUUCAGUAAUCUUAUCAACUGCAUUUAUCCUCUUGGCAAUGCUAUGUUGGCGCCCCUCUAAAAUUACAUCACCUACAACUGGACAAAGUUUUUGCUCAGCAGGAUUGAAUUGUAACCCAAGAUUGAAUUGCACUGAGGUAGGAAAAUGAAUUUGAAGGUACAGGUAGACAUUAUUUCUACAAACAAAUACAUACAGAGCUGCCAGUGAACCAUAGGUUAGGUUUGAACAAAAAUGAAGUUCCAAUACUUUGAUCCAAUUUUUAUUUUUAAAAAGGUAAAACGAUGUCAACUGCCUCUGUCAUAAAGAAAUCUCUGGGUCUGAUCCCAUAGCUGAAAAAAACUGUUUCCUGGGUGCCUGUUAGAAAAGGAGGCUAGGGAAUGCCCAGACUUGGUAGCAGUGCUUGGGAAAUCGCUCAUAAGACUUUGGGAAUUUUAGGUACUUCUGUUAUUGCUUUCACACUGAAAUGGUUGAAUGUGGUGGUGAAUGGGGUGCGAUAUAUGCAUCUCUUGAAAAAUAAAGUCAUUGCUUUAUCCUUGAACUGUGUAAAGGAGAUGUCUGGCAAGGUCAGGAAAUGGGUGGGAAACCUUUACAAACUGUUUUUAAUUUUUUUUUCAUAUCAGUUGAAAUUGUUACCCAUCGCACAAUGGUAUUAAAGUGACUUUCCAGAGUUUUGUAACAUCCUUUCACAAUGUAUUGUACCCUGUAUAACUUCAACACGGCAGACGUUCUUGGGGAAAUGUAUCCGCCUAUCAAAAAGCUGGAAUUCAGGGUUUAUUCAUCCUCGCAGCUGCACCUCCGUUGGAGGGGCUCAGCUACACAUCACAAGGAUAGUCACACUGCUCCGGAAAAGACACAUAAAGUCAUCUGAAUGUUAUUUAUGUCUUAAUGGCAAUGUUGGAAGUGAGCAGAGCUUGCCUUCUCGUGGAAAAAGUAGGCUGCCGUUUCUCCAGUGGAUUUAAUUUUGACUCUUUCCAUGGACAUAUGGUACACAUGUCUGCCGUGUGUCUUUUGCCUCCAUGUUAGUACAAGCGAUGGGCCCCUGUAGUUCUGGCAGGGUACAUUUCUUUGCUCUGGGGACAUAUUUACCUUCCCUGCUUGAAUUUGGCUGUAACUGCAAUAGGGUUGAGAGGGGCCUGCAAAGGUCAUUAUUAAUGCCAGUAGUAUUGCUUUCAACUGAAAAGAAACCUGCCUAAGGGCAGGUAAAUGAACUAAAUGACCAGAGUCCCUUUCUAACUCUAUGAAAGUGCUUUGCUGUCUGAGCUAAAGUCAAGGUGAAGAGGAGCAAGGAAUUUAUUUUUUAAAAGCACAAUCAAUUUAUUGGUUCCCUCCUGGGGAAUGUAUAUCCCUCUUGAUGUCUCUGAUCCUGUGAAUGGGCUCUGAAAGUUUGCAAUAGCGUUCAAUUUGCCUCUUUCCUCUUUUGUGGUGUCUCUUCCAGUCUCACUGGGGCUCUUAAAAAGGUCCAGAGCUUUGGAAAAAGCUACCACUUAUACCACUUGCAGUUAAAGCCUAUGAAACAGUUUGCAGGCAAAUCAUUUUCAAUUUACUUUGGCACUAAAGCAUUGUCAACAAAUCUCUCAAGACACUUUUGUGACUUCAAAGAACCAAAAUUCCUCUGCUUUCUGGGUUGUGUGCUGGUCAACAUGACCCACUUUCUAGACUGAAGCUGAAAUGUGUUCUCAUGUGUGUUGUUCUCACUCAAAACCUUUUGUUUUCUUGGAUUGAAAACAGUAAAUCAUGGCGGGGGGAGUCUAUUUCAGAUUACAGGAGUCAAUAAACACUGGGCUAUACCAAA